AUGCUUAUAUCUGGAAAGCUUUGGGAGUUGGCGGCGGAUGCAGUAAUUCCGACCUUAUAUUGGCUCUCUCGUCGAUAUCUUGGCAAGCAGCAGCUUAAGGUGUCCAACAAGGCACUAAGAAGAACCAGUAACUUGGUGAAUAGAGUUAACAUGAAGUUACUGCUGAUUCCAUUGGCUUUCCUGGUCAUGCGAAUGUGGGGAACGAUUCGAUAUUUGCUGUACAUAGCUGAUCAAAUUGAAGCUGAGCAGAACUGCGUUUUAAGGACCCUUCACGGCUUCGGUGAUAGCUUCCAAGGCGGCACAAACUGCCUGCUGUUCUGCUUCAUGUCAGAUACGAUCAGACGUCGCUUGUGUUUCGGCUGGAAGAAGUUCCGAACUCACUCAAGUUCGGAACUCGAUACGACCACUCGCAGUUGCAUCAAACCCAUUCGUUACGGCAAGUCGGAAAUCGACACCCCACGAAGUCAGUUUUACCUGGAAAUCGACAAGCUGCCAGCUGACCUGCUAAUUGGUGUGCACUAG